UGUGUGCUGCUGUUGUAAAUGUGUAUGUAUGUACUGAAAGGAAUUCAGAGGCUCGAGGACUUUUACUGUGCGGAUAAAACAACUUUUUUUUCUAGACAGAAGCUGGAACGGCAACGAAACGAGAGGAAUAAAUGCGAAAAUGCGAAGAGAAAUCCAGGAUGAGACUGUCUCCUUGUUAUUAAAAAUUCCGCGCGGGAGAACAGACGUUAUCGACUGAGAAAAAAAAACUUAUGGGCUUCAAACGCCGUUGAAUGGAGAGAAACGAAGCGGAUUUUUCCCUUUCAAAGUGAGUCCAAGGCAUUUCCAAGCGGCCGAAACCAAAGGGAAGGGGAGGAGAGGUGGGCAAAGAAAACGCCCUGCAGCCUGUUGCUGGUAUUUCUAAAUUCAAACUUUAUCGCCGUGUUGGAAAAAAUGCAUCCAUCACCUACAGGAGAUGGUAUUACCAGAGUGCAUCUUCGCUAACGGCGUCAGAGCACAGAGCUGCUAACUAGCUUCAAAAAAGGCCUGCUGUUGUCGGCAACUUUGAAAAGCGAGGAGUCUCUUUUGCUUUGGGAAUAUUUUUUUCUCCUCAUUGUGUACACUAUUCCUAUCGGACGCGAUUUGGGUGGGCUGAGAGUCCAAGGCUGCUCGGCGAGGCCCACGGCCAUUAGCCAGGAACAAAGAGGGUUCACAUGUAACGUUAAACUCUUGUCACUUUUAAGGAAAAAGCCUCCUCAUAUCAAGCUAGCUACUGUUAACUUUUACCCACCAACGCUGCGGACAUGUCACUCGGCGCCGAGAGAAGGAUGGAAACCCGGCUGAAAAAACUGGAGGACAUGAUCAGAGACCCCAGGUCUGCCAUAAACUUGGAAAGUUUGCUGGACUCUAUAAAUGCCCUGGUUUUAGACUUGGACUACCCUGCACUACGUAAAAACAAAAACAUUGAAACCUUUUUAAACAGAUAUGAGAAGGUCAUGGGGCAUAUUCGGGACCUCCAGAUGAGGUCAGAGGACUUUGACAGAGUUAAAGUAAUCGGCCGAGGAGCAUUUGGUGAAGUUCAGCUCGUGAGGCACAAAGCCUCUCAGAAGGUCUACGCUAUGAAGCUGCUGAGCAAGUUUGAGAUGAUCAAGCGUUCAGACUCAGCCUUCUUCUGGGAGGAGAGGGACAUCAUGGCCUUUGCCAACAGUCCCUGGGUUGUACAGUUGUGCUGUGCUUUCCAAGAUGAGCACUACCUCUACAUGGUGAUGGAGUACAUGCCCGGAGGGGAUCUGGUCAACCUGACAAGCACCUAUGAUGUACCGGAGAAAUGGGCCAAGUUCUACACAGCAGAGGUAGUGAUGGCCCUGGACGCCAUCCACUCCAUGGGCUUCAUCCACCGUGACGUCAAGCCAGACAACAUGCUGCUGGACAGACACGGGCAUCUCAAGCUAGCUGACUUCGGCACAUGCAUGAAGAUGAACUCUACUGGCAUGGUGCACUGUGAUACAGCAGUCGGAACUCCAGACUACAUCUCUCCUGAGGUGUUGAAAUCCCAGGGAGGAGAUGGGUAUUACGGCAGAGAGUGUGACUGGUGGUCCGUGGGGGUUUUCAUCUUCGAGAUGCUGGUUGGUGACACUCCGUUCUAUGCUGACUCUCUGGUGGGAACCUACAGCAAGAUCAUGGACCAUAAGAACUCCCUCAACUUCCCAGAUGAUGUGGAGAUCUCCAAAGAUGCCAAGAAUAUUAUCUGUGCCUUCCUUACUGAUAGGGAGGUGCGAUUGGGCCGGAAUGGUGUGGAAGAAAUCAAGCGACACCCUUUCUUCAAGAAUGACCAGUGGACCUUCAGCACCAUCAGAGGCACGGUUGCCCCUGUUGUCCCAGAGCUGAGCAGUGACAUAGACACCAGUAACUUUGAUGAGAUAGAGGAGGACAAGGGCGAUGUGGAAACUUUCCCCAUGCCUAAGGCCUUUGUUGGAAAUCAGUUGCCCUUUGUCGGCUUCACCUACUUCAAAGAGGACCAGUUAUUAAGCUCUUCCAACAAUUCUUCGGUUGUCCACGAGAAUUCAAAAGGAGAGUCAGCGGCGUUGCAGAAGAAACUUCGCCAACUAGAGGUGCAGCUAAAUAAUGAGUUGCAAUCCAAAGACGAUCUGGAGCACAAAUACAGAGGUGCAACUAAUCGUCUAGAGAAGAUCUCCAAAGAACUUGAAGAGGAGGUGAGCAGCAGGAAGAGUCUGGAGUCGAGUCUGAGACAGCUGGAGAGAGAGAAGGCCCUGCUGCAGCACAAGAGCCUGGAGAGUCACCGCAAGGCCGAGAGCGAAGCCGACAGGAAACGCUGCCUGGAGAACGAAGUCAACGGCCUACGAGACCAACUCGACGACCUGAAGAGAAGAAACCAGAACUCGCAUAUUUCCAACGAGAAGAACAUUCAUUUGCAGAGACAGCUGGAAGAAGCCAACACGCUGCUGCGGGCUGAGUCGGAGGCAGCGGCAAGGCUUCGUAAAGCGCAGACGGAGAGCAGUAAGCAGCUGCAACAGCUGGAGGCCAAUGGGCGAGAACUGCAGGACAAAUGCUGCCUGCUGGAGCGCAGCAAGCUGAGCCUGGAGAAGGAGUGCAUCAGUCUGCAGGCCGCGCUGGAGGCCGAGAGGAGGGAGCACAGCCAGGGCUCCGAGACCAUCAGUGACUUAAUGGGACGUAUCUCCGGCCUGGAGGCGGAGGUACGACAGGCGAGACAGGCUCUGUCCAAAGCUGAGACUGAGAAGAGACAGCUCCACGAGAAACUCACUGAUUUGGAGAAGGAGAAGAGCAACAAAGAGAUUGAUCUGACCUAUAAGCUAAAGAUGCUGCAGCAGGGCCUGGAGCAGGAGGAGGCCUCUCAUAAAGCCACCAGAGCACGGCUCGCUGACAAGAGCAAGAUCACAGAAACCAUUGAUGGGGCCAAGUCAGAGUCUAUGAAGGAGCUGGAGCAGAAGCUGGCAGAGGAGCGGGCAGCAAAACUGCGGCUGGAGAACCGAAUACUGGAGCUGGAGAAGCACAGCAGCAUGCAGGACUGUGACUACAAACAGGCCCUGCAGAAACUGGACGAGCUCCGCCAGCACAAGGACCACCUCACAGAGGAGGUGAAAAACUUGACGCUGAAGAUUGAGCAGGAGACCCAGAAGCGUAACCUGACUCAGAACGACCUGAAGGCCCAGAACCAGCAGCUCAAUGCCCUGCGAACCUCCGAGAAACAACUCAAGCAGGAAACCAAUCACCUGCUGGACAUUAAACGGAGCCUGGAGAAACAGAACCAGGAGCUGCGCAAAGAAAGGCAAGACUCAGACGGGCAAAUGAAGGAACUCCAAGACCAGUUAGAAGCUGAACAGUAUUUCUCUACACUGUAUAAGACUCAAGUCCGUGAGCUGAAGGAAGAGUGUGAAGAGAGGAACAAGCUUUACAAAGACAUACAGCAGUCUCUACAGGAGCUACAGGAAGAGAGGGACUCCCUUGCGGCCCAGCUGGAGAUCACACUGACCAAGGCAGACUCAGAGCAGCUGGCACGCUCUAUAGCUGAGGAGCAAUAUUCAGACCUGGAGAAGGAGAAAAUCAUGAAGGAGCUGGAGCUGAAGGAGAUGAUGGCCCGCCACCGCCAGGAGCUGGCCGAGAAGGACAUCACCAUCAGCUCACUGGAGGAAGCCAAUCGCACCCUGACCAGCGAUGUUGCCAAUCUAGCCAAUGAGAAGGAGGAGCUGAACAACAAACUGAAGGAGAUCUUAGAAGAAAUAGAGAGGUCCAAGGAUUGGGAGCAGCAGAUUAGCCAGAUGAAGCAGACCUUUGAGAAGCAGCUGCAGUCGGAGAGGACGCUAAAAACCCAGGCCGUCAAUAAACUGGCGGAGAUCAUGAACAGGAAGGAAGUGCGUGGUGUAGGCAGUCGCCGUGGCAACGACGCAGACAUGCGGCGAAAGGAGAAAGAGAACAGGAAGCUGCAGCUGGAGCUGAGGUCGGAGAAGGAGAAGCUAAACAGCACCAUCAUCAAGUACCAGCGCGAGAUCAACGACAUGCAGGCACAAAUAGAGGAUGAGAGCCAGAUGCGUAUUGAGCUGCAGAUGGCUCUGGACAGUAAGGACAGCGACAUUGAGCAGCUGAGGAACCUCCUGCAGUCUCUCAGCGUUCAAUCCAUGGACUCUGCCAGCGUCAGCAGUGGACCGGAGUUUGAUGCAGAUGAUGCCUACACAGAAACAAGGCUCGAGGGAUGGCUGUCUCUUCCUGUAAGAAACAACACCAAGAAGUUUGGCUGGGAAAAAAAGUACGUUGUGGUGAGCAGCAAGAAGAUUCUGUUCUACAACAGCGAACAGGACAAAGAGCAAUCCAUUCCCUACAUGGUGUUGGAUAUCGACAAACUCUUCCAUGUAAGGCCUGUCACUCAAACCGAUGUGUACCGAGCCGACGCUAAAGAUAUUCCCAGGAUAUUCCAGAUUCUUUAUGCCAACGAGGGCGAGAGCAAGAAGGAGCCUGAGUUCCCUGUCGAGCCGCUGCCCAUCGGAGAAAAGUCCAGCUACAUCUGCCACAAGGGCCACGAGUUUAUCCCCACCAUCUACCACUUCCCUACCAACUGUGAGGCCUGCACCAAGCCGCUGUGGAACAUGUUCAAGCCGCCGCCCGCCCUGGAGUGCCGGCGCUGCCACAUCAAGUGCCACAAGGACCACAUGGACAAGAAAGAGGAGGUGAUCGCCCCCUGCCGAGUCAACUAUGACGUCUCCACGGCCAAGAACCUGCUGCUGCUGGCCGUGUCCCAGGAGGAGCAGCAGAAGUGGGUGAGCCGAUUGGUCAAGAAGAUUCCCAAGAAGCCUCCAGCACCAGAGCACUUUGCCCGCUCCUCGCCACGUGCCUCCAUGAAGGUCCAGCCCAGCCAGUCCAUGAGGAGGCCCAGUCGACAGCUUCCCCCCAGCAAGAGCAGCCCUCGUAGGUCACAUGGCAGCAAGAUGAGGCAAGAAGACUCCAACAGUGGACACUGGCACAAAUGACGCCUCUUCUAGGAUCUUGUGCUUACUUUGCCCAGAUGUUUCCCUGUGAAACGACUGAAUUCCUCAAUGUGUUUAACCUUGCUUGGCAGUAUGGUGGGAACCUCAAGGUGGUGGGGGGUGAUUUCCUCCUAUAUCAAAGACUCAUACAAAGUUCCUUUUGCAAAUCAACACACUGAUACCAACUCCACUUCACUCCUCCAGACCCACUCUGUUCUGCCUCAACCUGUGAGAGUCUGUUUUCCUUUUGUUGAAGCUCUUUCUCAGCCACUGUAACUACUGGACUCGGAGGGUAUUGACUGUAUCAAACUCACCUCGACAACUGUGUUCUUUUCAGCAAGCUGGUUGGCUUGUACAGCUUAUUAGUUGAAGCCUUCUCUUGGGUCCUUGACCAGAGCAAUUAUGUCUGCCUGAGGCCGUGGAGUAGCUUGAUGAGCUUUCACAGAACAGAAGAGAGCUCUUGUAAGCCUUUCCAUGCCUGGCAAGAAGGGGAUGCACUUACCUCAACACUGUCGACUGAAGGAACCAACAGGAAAACUCAGAACCGUUUCUCACCACCGACAGGGAUAUUUGUGGCCAAAAUAAGCAAAGACUUUAUGCAUUCGGUGAUUGUGAACAAUUCAAGGAGUCAACUAGGGAACACUACAUUCACAAGAAAAAAAAAAUCCUCUAGCCUGUUGGAGGAAUACAUUUGAGGUUCCUGAGCAAGGUCCCAGAUAUCUGUACUCUGCUCAUUCAAACUCUUGUUGCCUUUUUUAUCACAUUGAUUGUAGCUUCUUGCUUCCCACAAUACUACUUUUCAGGUGUGUGUCUUUUUUGAGCCGCAGAAACUUGAAUAAGGUACUUAGCUUAACGAGCCAUGACUUCCAGGAGAGUCAGUGAAGUGGGAAGGAGUGUCAUAUUCUUCCAGGAUUUGAGGACGCAGUUCCUUGAGUGCCUCUUAUUCAGAUUUCUGAGUCAUGCUCUGAAUCAUGUUUCAGUAUGAAUAUUACAGUAACAGAAUUCUGCUCUGAAUGAGAACAGAUGUGGGACCAUCCUCACAAUCCCAUCAAACUUCACCUUACCAAACUCGCACUGUCAGUUUUGUGGCUAAUGUUUACUGAAUACAAGGGGUGCACCAUAAAUGCUUUUCUGUUAUUUCGUUGUUUGAAUGUACAUCUGGAGUUUACCAGACACGACACAAAGGCAUUGUAUGACGCGGAAAUGUUAAUUCUAUCCAAAUCUACUUGACUGAAGCCCCCUUUUAUUGAUAACUACGAGUGAACUUGCAUGUGUUUGCCUCCUCAGGCCUCACACACUAAGUGCUGUUACCUGCACACCUCCUUUGAUCAAUGCACCCAAUAUAAACAAAUGUAUUUUUUACUUAUUCCGGGGGUCAAGUGGGGAAGUGAACAAGUCUGCAGAAAAAAAGAAGUGCAAAAAGUAUGCAGUCAUGUCCCAAAAGAUGGAAGUACUGAGCAGCACUAUACAAUGGAAGUUUUUUUUUUUUUUUCAAAGUGUUUGUCCUGAUAUUUUUGUAUUGAAAGUAACCAAACUCUGAGUUUGGGCACGCUGUGGUGUGUAUGUGGCUUAUAUAGCAAGUGGAGAGUAACGUGUGUGUACGGAGUGCUCUCCUUUAACCAAGAAGCAUGUUUUAUACAUAUAAAUAUACACAGUAUAUAUUUUACAUGCCAUACAGUGCACAUUGUAUUAUUUAUACUGCCUUGUCCACUUUGUAUUUAAGGGCGCUACAUCCAGAUUGCAUGUUUGCUAACAAACAGCUCUAUAAUAAUAGCCACUUCAUCAAUAAAGACAUGGAUGUGC